AUGCGCAAGGAUCCCUUCAAGCCUGCAGCCCGCGUGGCCGGCCAGAAGCAAGAUGUCUGGUCCAUCGUCAACGAAGCAGCUGCCUCUUCCAAGGUCUCUGAUGUCGUGAACAUGGGACAAGGCUUCUUCGGCUACAACCCUCCUCAAUUCGUCAUCGACGCUGCUAAAGGUGCUCUGGACAGAGUCGAAUGCAACCGGUACUCGCCCACCAAGGGAAGACCUCGCCUGAAGAAGGCCCUCGCCGACGCCUACUCUCCCUUCUUUGGACGCACCCUGGAUCCUGAAAAGGAGGUCACGAUCACAACUGGUGCGAAUGAAGGCAUGCUCUCGGCCUUCAUGGGCUUCGUUGAACCCGGCGACGAGGUCAUUGUCUUUGAGCCCUUCUUCGAUCAGUACAUCCACAACAUUCAGAUGCCUGGUGGUAAGGUCGUUUACGUACCUCUACACCCUCCAGAGAAGGGUGCUACCCAGACCACUUCGGCUGGAGACUGGUCAAUCAACAUGGACGAGCUGAAAGCUGCCAUCAACGACAACACUCGCAUGAUUGUCCUUAAUACCCCUCACAACCCCAUUGGCAAGGUCUUUACACGAGAUGAGCUACAAGCCAUCGGUGACCUGUGCGUCCAACACAACAUCAUCAUUCUGAGUGACGAAGUCUACGAUCGUCUUUAUUACACUCCUUUCACCCGCAUGGCUACUCUGUCUCCCGAGAUCGCCAACCUCACACUUACUGUUGGCUCGGGAGGCAAAAACUUCUACUGCACCGGAUGGCGCGUCGGAUGGUUGAUUGGCCCUGAGCACCUGAUUCAACCAGUUAGUGCUGCUCACACCCGAAUCUGUUACAGCAGUGUCAGCCCGCUGCAAGAAGCCACUGCCAUCGGCUUUGAGGAGGCUGAUAAGCAUGGCUUUUGGGAUGAGACCAAGGCUGAGAUGAGAGCCAAGAUCGACCGCUUCGUCGCUAUCUUUGACGAACUCGAAUUGCCCUACUCUGACCCUGAAGGUGGCUACUUCGUUCUUGUGAAUAUGUCAAAGGUGAAGCUUCCUGCUGAUUAUCCAUUCCCUGAUCAUGUCGCAAGCCGUCCUCGCGAUUUCAAGCUCUCAUACUUCAUCAUCAAGGAGCUCGGUGUUGCUGCCAUUCCACCAACCGAGUUCUUCACUGAUGACAAUGCUCACAUUGUCGAGGAUUGGUUGCGAUUUGCCAUCUGCAAGAAUGACGACGUGCUUGACAAGGCCAAAGACAGACUCAGAGGUCUCAAGAAGUAUAUGCAAUGA